AAGUGAUUUUUGUUGAUUCAUACUUGCUUCUCAAUAUAAUUUAUCACAUACCGACAAUUGUAAUAACAUUAUUCAACAUUUUCAGGCUAUUUCGAUUCCAUGUGCUCCUAAACUAACCAAUUAAUCCAGUGUUUACUAUUGAUUGAAUCUCGCAACCCCUCACGUUUUGUUUUGAUGAGUGAUUGAAGUAUGGCUUCUACAAAGACUCCAUUUGAAAUUGUGAAAGAAGAUGAUUUUGUUGAGUAUUUUCUGUUUCCUGUCGGCUGUGACAUAGACAACGAUUCUUCACUGGAAGAAGUUACCAAGCGUGUCAAUACAGUUGUCAAUAAAUAUGCAUCUACUUACAUUUGGCAGAAGGAUCAAUUCAAUGUGAUUCCAAGGAAUAUUGCUGGAUUACCUCCACUAGUCGACAACGAAGAGAGUCUACCGCCGCAUCUGUAUGGCACAUUGCAUUACGGCGAAAACAUAGAGGAUGAAUGGUUUCUUGUAUUUCUGCUGCAGCAGUUGACUAAAGAGAUAUCAGGACUAAUUGUGAGAUUCGGAUUCAGCGCCCUCGAAUUAGUGGAAUGGUUCGCGGGAACUCUAAAAUAG